AUGGCUGAACGACCAUCAUUACCAGUCUCAGUUAAUGAAUCACUAAUGGCAGUUCUCAAUGAAAUAGGUGAUUGUGACAUCAACUUUGAAAGUCAUGAAUUACGUUCAUCAUAUCCAAAUACCGUUACAAUAUCAGAUGUUCAUGAAAUAAGUACAAUUGAUGAAGAAUAUCAAAUACGAACAUUAGGCCAACAUAAUAUGGCUAGAAUGUCGAUUUUACCAACUUUUCCACCGAACAAUUUUCUUCUUAUUCUUUCACUUACAGUUGUAUCAUUAACGCAAGAGCAAUAUGAGCGUGCUCAUUUUUAUCGUUUUCCUAAAUUAUUCAAAUUGAAAAUGAAUCUUGACCAUACUCAAGUGAAAUCAAAUGAUGAUCAUCAAACAAGUUUAUGUAAUUCAUUUCUGUUAUGUUUCUAUGACAAUCUUUAUAGGAAAUUAAAGAAACGCUUAAACGUGGGUACAUCUAUUCUUGAUUUCAAUUUAACACGUCUUCGUCAAUGUAUUGAUAAAGUCGUUGAACAACGUGGUCAGCGACAAACAAUGCUUUCUAUCGAUGAAUUACCUUUAGCAUUGGAAUUCUAUUUACAAAUUGAUGUUGACAUGUUCUUUCUCAAAACAUGUUCAUUCAAUGGUGUACAAUUACGGCAAUUCGAAGAUCGUAUUCUUGAAGGUCUCUUCUGUUUGGAUAAACCAGAAGCAAGAUUUGUUAUGAAACCUUGUAAUAAAUCAUAUUGUCAUUGUUGUCAUUCACCAUGUCCACGUCGUAAUUUGGUCAAUACUAAACAAAGAAAAGCAAUUCAAUUUUCUACACCACAUAUUCAUCGUUUUGUGAAUCAAUAUGAAGCUAUUUUGAAUUGCCCAGCAACAUGUGAAAGUAAUAAUUGUAUCUAUGUUUUAACAUGUCCUUGUGGUCAAGUUGAUUUUAUUGGUUCAACUAAAGAACAAUCAUUUGCUGAAAUAAUGGCUCUUCAUCGAGAAGAAGGCAAUCGUAUCAUACGAGAAUGUCUCGUUGGUCAACGUAAUAUCAAUCUUAUUACAAAUGGUUUCAAAUCUGAAGAACAAAAACUGUAUGAUAAACUGUGGCUCUAUCAACAUUCAUCACGUUGUCCAGAUGCUUUACAAUUAUUUUUGGAUUACAAUCCUGCUUAUUGGUGUUUUGUACCAAUGAAAUC